AUUCUCCUCAGUCAGGAGCAGAAGCAGCACGGGAGUCCUCCGGAGUUGGAACAGCAGCGACUGAGCAUCUUCCCAUCACAACAAACUGUUUAGAGGGCGUAACACCCCGAGUUAAACUCGUUUAUGUGCUCCAAGUGAUCACGUUGAGCACCCUUGUGCUCUUUUUGAAUGACCCAAAGACACCUUGAGGCAUGUCUUCAUCCGUGAGCGGGACAGAGGAGGUGCGCGUGUCGGCGUUGACGCCCCUGAAGUUGGUGGGGCUGCUUUGCGUCUUCCUCGCCUUGUGCCUGGACGUGGGUGCCGUGUUGAGCCCGGCGUGGGUCACGGCGGACGAUCAGUACUACCUAUCCCUCUGGGACUCCUGUUGGAAACCCGUCAGCUCGGCGGAGUGGUCCUGCAAUAGCACGCUGGCCACGGACUGGCAGAUCGCCACGCUGGCCCUGCUGUUGGGAGGAGUUGCACUCACUAUGCUCUCCUUCUUGGUGGCCCUUGCGGCCUUGUGCUGCAGUUCCAGGAGUCGCUGCUACAAGCCCGUGGCUAUCAUGCUCUUCUCUGCAGUGGUCCUCCAGACAUGCAGCCUUGUCUUGUUCCCCGUCAAGUUCAUCGAGGCGGUCACUCUGAGGGUGUACCACGAGUUCAACUGGGGCUACGGCCUGGGCUGGGGAUCCACCAUCUUCUCCUUCGGAGGGGCCAUACUCUAUUGCCUCAAUUCCAGGCACUAUGAAGACUACUAUUAGAACACGGAAGAAGAGGAACAUGAUGCCGGCUUGAACUUUUGGUCACACAGCAUGACCACGGGGCUGAAUAACAGCAAAAACAAAAUAUUUGAAACACAGCCUAGGGCUCCAGACUGACCCGAAACAACGAUGAUGGCAUUUUGCCUCUAAAAUUUAAGACAGUGCAUUUUUGCAUUUGCUCGCAGGUGUGUGUCCAAUAAAUUGAGUUAUUUUUUAUUCUUGAAAAAAAAAAGAAAGUAUAUAUACAUACAAAAAAAUAAAUA